UCGUGGAGAUCGUCGAGCGUGGCGUCGGGGUCCAUGCAGCGGGGCCCGUGGUACGACUUCUGGCGGGCCCUCGGCGGCACCGACGCUAUAUAUCAUGGCCUCGACGCGACGGAGCGCGCGUGGUUGCAAAUAGAGCAGGCCGCCCGUCUGAAAUCGGCGCGCGGCGUCCCGGGCCCGUUCAACUCGAGCCGGACCUUUCCCGCGGACCGCCUCGCGCUCUUCGCGCGGGCGCUGGGCGCGCCCUUCAACAAUCUAGAGGCGCGCUUGGAACGAGAACUGGACCGGGGCGCGACGGCCACGAAUGUAAGCCGGGGCGACCGCAAACUUUUUGUGGUCGUGACGAUCCAGCGCACGGGGAGCACGUGGCUCACGCACGAGCUCGACUCACACUCCUGCAUCAGUAGCGCCGGCGAAUUAUUUCUAAGUGCCAAGGAGGGCAAGAUGCGCCACACGACGUGGACGUGGAAGGAGUCCACGAAGUUCGAGAUGCUCGCGGCGUUAAUAAAUGCGAAUCUCGACCACCAAGACCCGCUGCUCGAGGGCGUGCCCCACAACCACGCGAAGUGGCGCGACCGAUGUGUCUAUCAACAGACGACGGGUCUAAAAGCCGAGGCUUGUGGAUUUAAGUGGAUGCUGUCGCAGGGCGUCGACCUGGCCUGGGACGCGUGGUUCGGGCGCCUCGCGCAGAACCACGGCAUCUCCCUCAUCUUCCUGAAGCGCGAGAACUUGCUGAGGAACUUCUUGUCGUGGUACGACAAAGAACGCCACGCGCUGUCCGGCGGCGAUGGUAGAGUAGUGACGGGGCGCUUCCGCCUGCCUACCGAAGUAUUAAUAGAGGACAUGGUGCCCGGCGGCGUCGAGAGGUCCCUUCUGUCGCGUCGGACGCCGCGACGCCGCACGCGUUCAUCACGCAGGAGAAGACGGAGGCGCAGUUCGCGCGCCUGGACAAGAUCGCGGCGGACGCUAAACAACGAGGCCUCCGGACGCUCGCGGUCACGUACGAGGGGCUCCAGGCGCCCUGCCGGGGGUGCGCCGAGGACAAGGCCGCGGGCCUCGCGCGCGUGGCGCGCUUCGUGCUCCCGAAGCCGGGCGCCUGCGCGAGAAACUUCACCUUCGCGGGCCGCGAGGACGACGGCGACGUCAAGCUCCACGCGGCAACCGUCGCGGAGUCGAUCACUAAUUGGGCGGAAGUCGUCGCCAAGCUCCGGGGGACGCGCUUCGAGAAAUACCUCACGAUGGACGGGUCGGUGCUCCCAUAGCUAAUGUACAUACUCA